AUGACUCCGCACAUUCAAGCUAAAAAAAACGACAUUGCUCCGGUGGUUUUAAUGCCGGGCGACCCGCUCCGAGCCAAGUACAUCGCCGAGCACUUUCUCCAGGACGUUCGUCUAGUUAACACUUUACGCAACAUGUUAAUGUACACCGGCCGGUACAAAAAGAAAAUGAUUUCGAUUUGUGCUUCGGGCAUGGGUCAAGCUUCAAUCGGUAUUUACGCUUACGAACUGUUCAACUUUUACGACGUCCAGAAAAUUAUUCGGAUCGGAUCGGCUGGUUCGUACCAAAAAAACCUCCGUCUUUUUGAGGUGGUUUUGGCGACGAGCGCCUACACCGAAUCAACCAGUUUCGGGCUCAACAUUUUGGGAGUGGAAGAGCAAGUGUUUUACCCGUCGGAACUUCUGAACGAAAAAAUCCGUCAAGCGGCUCACAAAAUUGGUAUUAACUUAGUUGAGGGACCGAUCCACACCUCCGACGUUUUCUACUCGGUAAUUCCGCUUGAGGAAAGAAUCGCUCAAACGCAAGCGAUUUGCGUGGAAAUGGAAGCGGCCAUGCUCUUUGCGAUUGCCCGUAAGUUUUCCCGCCAAGCAGCUUGCCUUUUGACAAUUAGCGAUAACUUGGUCAAUAACGAGGAGACAUCGCCCGAAAACCGCGAGCAAGCGUUCCAAGACAUGAUGCGCUUGGGGCUUGAGUUAGCCGAGUAA